AUGACUGGCGUACAGUCAUUUCUGAAUUCUCUUGGCCCAGAAGUUGAGGAUCCCGAAGAAGAGGCAUUUCUGUUAUUCUGUCAAACCAUUCCGUCUCAGAAUCUCGGAUUCGUCGACUCAAAAGCCACUGAAUUAGACCUGACGGUUAAUGGUCGAGAUCUCACAAUCUACCAAUCACCUACAAUUCUAUCAUCAAACCGAGAUGGUGGAACUACUGGAGCAGUUAUAUGGAAAAUCACUCCCCUUUUCGCAAAAUGGAUAUCAUCACCCAGAAAUCCACUCCUUCAGCAUCGGAUAAUCACCCCUGAGUCAGUCGUUCUCGAACUAGGUUGCGGGAUAUCCGGCUUGAUAGCUCUUACUCUAUCACCUCUUCUCCAAACCUACAUUCUCACCGACCAACCAUACAUCCUCAAACUUCUUUCCCAGAAUCUCUCUUCCAACUCUUCCACAUCAUCGAACACAACAUCGACCACAACAAACUCAAAAUCUAAAUCCCGCAAAUUCAAAGCCAACUCUUCAAAUUCGACACCAACAGCCCAAUCACCCUCAACCAACAAAAUCAUACCCCUAACCCUCGAUUGGGAGAUAGACGUCGUCACACCCUCCCUCACCUGCUCCGUUACCACCACCAGUUUCGACGCAAUCAUAGCCUGUGACUGCAUCUACAACGAUGCAUUAAUCCCACCUCUCGUCCAAACUUGCGUUGAUCUCUGUCGUCUACGUGCCUCAUCCUCAUCUACAGAAGAUGGAAGUCAAUCAGAUAGCCCAACUUUCUGCAUCAUAGCUCAACAACUCCGCUCUCCAGAUGUUUUUGAAUCUUGGCUCAAGGAGUUUAGUAAACACUUCAGAGUAUGGAGACUACAGGAGGGAGGCAUUCAAGAGUGUGGAUUAGGAGAGGACUCGGGAUUUGUGGUUCAUGUUGGGAUUUUAAGAUAG